CACCCUAUUUACACUGCAAAAUUAUAUUUAACUCUCAAGCAGGUACACUGGCUCAUAAAGUGCACUGUUGCUACUUUUUGCUCUUUUACUGUGUUUUUUGGAAGUCUUUUAAAUUUUGGUGCCCCCUAAAAUUUGGUGCCCCUAGUCCGGUGCCUACUUGGCCUUAGCUUAGAGCCAGCCCUGGUUCCAUCAGGAAAGUGUGAGGAAUGGUAGAAAGUGGUAGAACUGACGUUUGAGACUAACGUGUUCAGGAAAUGCCUUAUUAUGAAUGAGUUUAAAUCUCAGACCAGUUGAAUUGUGUCUCAGAGUGCUGAACAAACUAGCUGAUAAUUUGACUAAGAGUUUAUUAUUUUUGGGAAAAUAAUCAAAGAUAUGACAGAUCAGAUUCGGCAGCAGUAUGUUUUUCCCUAACAUUUUCCAAAUUCACUAUGUCAUGGAUAUAAGUAAUUUUUCAGGGAAUUCUGUCAGAAGUAUAUCAGUUUAAAAGUAUACAGCUGAGUGUAAAGUCGGGUAAUAACUAUCUCAAGAGUUAUUUUCUCUAAUUUUAAGGUUUGUCUAUGAAUAAUUUAAAUAAUCCUCCUCCUAACUGGAACAUUCAGCCUAAUGCAAGAAAUAAUGAAGAACAUGGAAGCAAAUGGAAUUAUGCUUUGUUGGUUCCAAUGUUGGGGCUGGCUGUCUUCCGUUGGAUUUGGUCCAGAGAAUCUAAGAAAGAGAUAGAAAAAGAGAAAAGAGAUGUCUACAGAAAACUGUCAUUGGUACAGAAAGAGCUUGAAUCUAAAUAUCGUGACAUAAUUAUAGAAAACCGCAGAAUGGUUGCCCACUUGGAAUUAGAAUUGGAGAAGGAGCGGAACAGAACCCUAAGUUAUCGCAACGCACUCAUCUCUCAGAGUUACAAACUGGUAGAAGAAAGAAAAACUUUGGAACAAGAGCGCACAAAGAUAGAACAAGAGAAACUGAUACUGCAGCGCUCUGGUGCUGCUGGUGCUUUGUAUCGGAACUGUCUGGAGAAGGAAGAGCAAUGGCAAAAGAAAGCCACUAUUUUACUAAAAGAGUUUGAAGAAGCUUUAAUGGAAAGGCAGAAUAUGUACUGUAGCCUUGUGCUACCAAGAUAUCAUCGAUUGGCAGUGGAGAAAAAAAUGCUAGCCAAAGCAGCAACUGAUCCAGUUGGUUUGGAAUUGGAACUGGAAGCUGGCUUAAAAGAUAUUUUCAGGCAUGAUACCUCUUGCAGCAAUUUGUUAAACACCAAUAAACAUCAAAAUGGAAAGCUAAUGUGGAUCUACCUUCGAUAUUGGGAGUUAUCUGUUGAACUCAGAAAAUUUAAGAAGGCAGAGAAGGUAUUUUUCGGGAAAAGUGGCUAAAGUAGGCUAUCCCUGUAUUAUAUCAAUCUAAUCCUCUCCAGAGCUGUUAAACUUCAGCCCAGAGAAUCCCCAUGCUGGCUUCGUGAUUUCCAUAUACUUUUGUGAAGUAUAUAUCAGUACCUUUAGCUUACUGCUAAUAAUAAUAUAUUAUUAUAUUAUAUUAUAUUAUAUUAUAUUAUAUUAUAUUAUAUUAUAUUAUAUUAUAUUAUUAAUCUAAAUGUGUGUUGGGUGAUACCAUAUAAUGUAUGCCAACUAAAUACCUAUGGUUUUUGUAUUAGCAGUGCUACUAUGUUCAAUAAGAUUUAUUUAAAAAUAGUAUUUUAUUUCCACAUUUCUAUGGUCCUUUCUAUGUUGCCACUUUUUUCAUUCCUCAGACCUUCAAAUAUACUCUCAACCAUGGUUAUCCUGACCACUGCCAACUUCAAAUGCAGAGAUCAUCACAUCAGACAAUGAGUGAUAAAAAUCCAUAUCCAGCUAAUCAAAUUAAUGCUUAAAAUAUGUAAUUUCACUGUAAAAUCUUUACAAAGAAAAAUAAAUACAAACAAUAGAAAUGGGAUUAUAUCUGGCACAGUUAUUAAGUAUAUUCGGCAUAAGUCCAAAAGAAGGAAUAGAGUAUUUCACUGUCUGAAUUGAAGAACUUUCCAAUAGAAUUCUUGGGAAAAAAUCAAUUUCAAUUUUUAGCUUCUUGCUUAAAACUUGUUGAUAUAUUCACCAGGAGUCAAGUUCACCUUAAGAAUACUUUUAUCUUUACCAUAUUAAAUUAACUUGUUUCUGCCUGAUAUACUGUAUAAGAUACUAAUAUUUUCAGUAAACUAUGCAAGAAUCAUAGAUAAAUUGAAGAGGAAAAAAUCAAAGAUGUUAAGAAAAUACUCAUGUACCAUUCAGCAUUAUAAGGUGUACGAGUGGGUAUCAAAGAUGGUCAAUAUAUAGGGAUCAGAUUUUAUUAAAGAAUUUAAAGCAAACAGUAAUAGCUUAAUUUCAGGUAAAUACGACGUUCUUUAUCAACAAAGUUAUUUGCUCUACUUCCCAUGAAAAGAUCUAAAAACACCCAAAAUGUCUGCAUUGCUAUUCUGUCUUUAAAAAAUACUGAUUAUGUCCAAGCA